GCUCUUUGGAUGGUAAGUUCUAUGCCGUGCAUGCCUUGACAGGUCUCCUGGUCUGGGACUUCGAUGCGGGCUCGCCCAUCAAAUCUUCUCCCAUCAUCAGCGAUGGCAAUAUCUAUUUCGGCUCAGACAAUGGCACCUUCUUUGCAUUGUCCGAGACUGACGGGUCCUUUGUCUUCAGAUUCGAGACUGGUGCCGCCAUACA